GCUUCAUGCACCAUCCGUCGCUUCAUGCACCCAUUGCUGUCAACACGUCGCUGCGCUUGCCUCGCUGUUGGCGAUCCAGCUGGCGAUCCUGCUGGCGCGCAGCCGGUCAGGCCAGGCCACAUUGCUCCCCUCGCCGUCCAUCGCUCCCGGCCUGGUCUUGGUCGCAGCAACCAUGGAUCUCGUGCAUGAGCUCAAUUCAUCCUUCCGAGAUCUCUAUGAUCUGGAGAGGCUGCCUCUCGUGAUCGAGUCGACGAGGCGGCUCCUGCAAGAUGCCACCGAGGAGAGCGAGGGGCUCUCGUCCAGCCAUCCAGAGGCCGUCGAGGCGAUCAGCACCGCCGCCUGUCACAACGAGAUUCUGCUCGACUCACAUGCAGAUACCCGGGAAGAACUCCUGUCGACCCUCACCAACCAGCUCGGGGCUGCCAGCUACCGCUCUUCGCUGGACUUUCUCUCCAACUGCGAUACAAAGCUGCGCAAGCUUGAGUACGCUCGGGACUAUUUCUUGUUGCUCAAGCGUCUCGAGGAUCUCCGAGCCCAGACCUUGCAGUCGAUCGAAAAAUCGCCGUUGGAGGCCGUGGGCUCCUACAACGACGUCAACGUGCUGCUUGAGUCGCUCUCGAGCCUUGGGGCCGACGAUCACGAAGGGCUCGUCUCGCAGCGGCCCGCUGGCGACAACCUGCGUCAGUAUGCCGAGCAAAUCUCUGGCGAGCUCUAUAACGCUUUGCUGAAUCAUCUGGGAGGAAAGCUUCGUGGUAUCUUCAAGCGACUGAACUGGCCGAACCCGGUCGAUUUGAACCAGUCCGAGACCAUCAAAUCGUUCAGCAACGUCUUUGGAAACAUUCUGCGGCUUGUGAAGUGGAGUCCCAAAUCCUACAAGCCAGCUCCGCUCGAUGCCUUCAGCUUGCUGCUUGAGCUACACGUCGCCCGCUUCAAGUAUCAUUUCCAAGGCAAACGCCCGACCAACCGGCUCGACAAGCCCGAGUGGUGCUUUACCGAUUUCUUGAAGGUUGUCCGGGAACAGACCCCGUUUCUGAGCAGCGUCGUUCAGCAGGUGUUGGAUGCGAGUGUCUACAAAGGAUUCGAUGCCAAGGUUCUCUUCAUCCACAGCUUUCUUGUGGCCGUCAAUGACAAGCUUCGACACGAUGCCCCGCUGCUGCUGUCUGAUCCGCCACUCAUGUCCCACACCAUCGCCGAGACCACCGCCUUUGACACCACUCUGCGAGAAGUCCAUCUCUAUGCGCCGCCAGGCUCGGCCCUUUGGGGAGGAUGUGUCUCGACCUUUUUAGAAAACACCAACUGGUUCAAGGCAUGGUUAGCCAUCGAGCGCAGCGCGGCGUUUGCGCUCUUUGACGAGGCCAUGGCUCGUAGUGACAGGUGGGAUCUCGCUUAUGAGGCGGUGCUCGACGAGCUUCAUCGAACAAAGUCGGCUGAAAUCCUCGUCGGCAUUCUUGAAGGUGUAACAGAGCGCUACAGACGCCUCCCGAGGCCACACUACCAGCUCCAGUUCUUUGCCGAGAUCCAAAUGCCGCUUCUUGAAAAGUAUCUGCACCACGUGCAGACCGGAGUCGAUCAGCAUCAGGCCUAUUUUGCGCCGCUCCACGGCACGAACUCGGUCGACGAGAACAUCCAGCGACAGGCUCUCUUGGCUCGGUACGCGGGCUCCCUCGGCUAUCUCUGCGAGAUCCUCGGGGAAUGGAGUGAGCAAAUUCUCUUCAUUUCGCUGUGGGACAUUGUCUUCAACCAAGCGCAAGCCUCGGACGACCCCAGCAGUCUGAACAGCAGCGACUCUGUGUUCACCGAGCUUGUCGAUGCCUACCAGAGCAAAAUCAGGCAGAUCGCCGACAUCCUGGAGCAGGAAGUCAUGCAAAUCUACAACGAAUCCACCUGGCGCUACUACAAGCGGCGCAACUGGUGCCUGUCGGAGCCAGCCUCGGAUCCCACGGUUUCGUCCGAGUUGGUCGAGGGCUUGUCGAUACUGGCCCAGGUCUUUACCAGCCUUUCCGGACAGCUACCGGCGUCUACGUUUCAGCCCCUGCUCCGGAACAUUGUCGCGCAGGUCGACUCGUCCUUCUUCCAGAAUAUUGUUCUCAAGGGCACCUUCAACCAACUCGGCGGCCAGCAAAUCCAGACGGACCUGUCGGCCGGCUACUGGAAUGCUCUGUUCCGUGUCUGGAUCAAGCACCCCGAGUCGCUGCUCAAGAAAUCCAGAGACAGCUCGGUCUUGCUCUCCCUGUCAAGCAAGGACAGUGCUGAGGUUGUGCCCGACAACCAAAAGCCGCCAGAGAUGGUUACCCUGGCGCAGCUUGUCGAUCUGUUUGUCGAGGGAGACACGAGUGGCAUCGAGAGCUCGCUUGACCGGAUCGGGGUGACCUCCCUGGCCAUCAAAGAGGUUAAAUCGGUCCUGGGCAGGAGAAUCGAGGUUCAGCAAUAGAGACAGUCUGUGGUGAGAAA